UCAGUAGAGAUUAUUAUAGGGUGCUGCUAUUAGCUGCUAUUAGCAUUCCACUUAUAAAUCCACGUAAAUACAAUGUUUCGCUGUCAAAAUAAACAAGUUACCACAAAAUUUCAAAGUGCAAAACAAAAUGUUAGCAGCGGCGCAAAUCAGUCCACGAACAUGAAGCCAAGAGCCACAACAACAAGAGCAACUGCAGCAAAAGUGGCCAAUGGAGAGAAGAAGCUGACAACAGCAACCACCAGAACGACAACAACAACAACAACGCGCAGCGCACACAAGCUUAGCGCAGCCUCGGUGCAGGCUGCUCCAAGAAUCCAGGUUAAGCCUUGCCUGAACUCGGCCAGCUCCAAGCUGGCAGGCAAAUCGGAUGGCAGCAAUGCAACAGCCGUGGGCAGUCGCAAGGCGAAGAUCUUCAGGCAUCAGGAUAACAUAUCGUCCAGAAUGCGGAUUAUUGCUGGCGCAUUGCCCCGAGCGGCGCAGUGGCACAAUAAUCGCAUUUAUCGGCCGUCGUCCUCGAAGAUCUUCGACUAUGAUCUGUCCAAGCAGGAGGCGCGCUUCUAUGGCCAGUUCCGUACGCCCAUGAAAUCUGUGCCCGCUGACGAACUGCAGCUGCUCAGGUCUGGCAAUCGCUCGUCCUACUUGGAGACGCGCUACGGCCAUACGCCGGAUGUCAAGUACAACUAUCCGGAGGCAACCAGCUGGCGAUAUGGCUGGUUCCAUCAAGUCAAUGUCACAGCCAAAUAGAAGAAGAAACUGAUUCCGCCCACUCAUGCUAAGCAAAAUAGAAUAGGGACUAGCGAU